GAGGCGACGUGUCGAAAGCUGAUUAAUAGUCAUCUAUGGACCACACUAGCAGUACAGACGGUAAAAGAAAGAAACAACAACAACAACAACAUACCUUUUAAAGACGGUGUAUAUGUGGCAACCUGAAAUCAGCGGCCACCUGUCUUCAGCGGUCACUUUGUCUUCUCCCAUGUGUGACCACCUAAGACAGGUUUCACUGUAGAGUCCUGGAGAGACAACAGGUUCCGAGACUCACUUCCAACAAAAUGUCUGGCAUGUUCAUUCUCUGUUUGUGCGCAUGUGCGGUUAUGACGUCAGCGACCAUGUAUCCAAGUUAUUAUCCGCAACCUGAAUACUCAAUAUGGCCAGGAAUCAAGGGAAUCCCUAUGAUUGGCUAUCAACGUUACAGACGAUCUAUAAUGCCUGCACAUGAAGGCACUGGUGGGAUGGUGAAAGGCAGUGCAGACAUUGGCGGGAUGGUGAAAGGCAUUGUACCUUUUGGUGGGAUGCCAGGUGCUGGAGGCUUUCGUGGGGAGGUGAAAGGAAUUGCAGACAUUGGCGGGAUGGUGAAAGGCAUUGUACCUAUUGGUGGGAUGCCAGGUGCUGGAGGCUUUGGUGGGGAGGUGAAAGGAAUUGCAGACAUUGGCGGGAUGAUGGAAGGCCGUGGAGGAUUUGGUGGCACGGUUAAAGGCAGUGCAGACAUUGGUGGGAUGGUGAAAGGCAUUGCACCUUUUGGUGGGAUGGCAGGCAGUGGUCGAUUUGGUGGCACGGUUAAAGGCAGUGCAGGCGUUGGCGGGAUGGUGGAUGGUAUUGCACCUAUUGGUGGGAUAGGAGGCGGUAGUGGAUUUGAUGGGGUGGUGAAAGGCAGUGCAGGCGUUGGUGGGAUGGUGGAUGGCAGUGCACCUAUUGGUGGGAUAGCAGACAGUGGUCGAUUUGGUGGCACGGUUAAAGGCAGUGCAGGCGUUGGGGGGAUGGUGGAUGGUAUUGCACCUAUUGGUGGGAUAGGAGGCGGUGGUGGAUUUGAUGGGGUGGUGAAAGGCAGUGCAGGCAUUGGCGGGGUGGUGGAUGGUAUUGCACCUAUUGGUGGGAUAGGAGGCAGUGGUCGAUUUGGUGGCACGGUUAAAGGCAGUGCAGGCGUUGGUGGGAUGGUGGAUGGUAUUGCACCUAUUGGUGGGAUAGGAGGCGGUGGUGGAUUUGAUGGGGUGGUUAAAGGCAGUGCAGACAUUGGUGGGAUGAUGGAUGGUAUUGUACCUAUUGGUGGGAUAGCAGGCAGUGGUCGAUUUGGUGGCACGGUUAAAGGCAGUGCAGGCGUUGGUGGGGUGGUGGAUGGUAUUGUACCUAUGGGUGGGAUAGCAGGCAGUGGUCGAUUUGGUGGCACGGUUAAAGGCAGUGCAGGCGUUGGUGGGAUGGUGGAUGGUAUUGUACCUAUUGGUGGGAUAGCAGGCAGUGGUCGAUUUGGUGGCACGGUUAAAGGCAGUGCAGACGUUGGUGGGAUGGUGGAUGGUAUUGCACCUAUGGGUGGGAUAGCAGGCAGUGGUCGAUUUGGUGGUACGGUUAAAGGCGGUGCAGGCGUUGGUGGGAUGGUGGAUGGUAUUGUACCUAUUGGGGGGAUAGCAGGCAGUGGUCGAUUUGGUGGCACGGUUAAAGGCAGUGCAGACGUUGGUGGGAUGGUGGAUGGUAUUACACCUAUUGGUGGGAUAGGAGGCGGUGGUGGAUUUGGUGGGGUGGUGAAAGGCAGUGCCGGCGUUGGUGGGAUGGUGGACGGCAUUGUACCUAUUGGUGGGAUAGCAGGCAGUGGUCGAUUUGGUGGCACGAUUAAAGGCGGCGCAGGCGUUGGGGGGAUGGUGGAUGGUAUUGUACCUAUUGGUGGGAUAGCAGGCAGUGGUCGAUUUGGUGGCACGGUUAAAGGCAGUGCAGGCGUUGGUGGGAUGGUGGAUGGUAUUACACCUAUUGGUGGGAUAGGAGGCGGUGGUGGAUUUGGUGGGGUGGUGAAAGGCAGUGCAGACGUUGGUGGGAUGGUGGAUGGCAUUGUACCUAUUGGUGGGAUGGCAGGCAGUAGUCGAUUUGGUGGCACGGUUAAAGGCAGUGCAGGCGUUGGUGGGAUGGUGGAUGGUAUUGUACCUAUGGGUGGGAUAGCAGGCAGUGGUCGAUUUGGUGGCACGGUUAAAGGCAGUGCAGACGUUGGUGGGAUGGUGGAUGGUAUUACACCUAUUGGUGGGAUAGGAGGCGGUGGUGGAUUUGGUGGGGUGGUGAAAGGCAGUGCCGGCGUUGGUGGGAUGGUGGACGGCAUUGUACCUAUUGGUGGGAUAGCAGGCAGUGGUCGAUUUGGUGGCACGAUUAACGGCGGAGCAGGCGUUGGGGGGAUGGUGGAUGGUAUUGUACCUAUUGGUGGGAUAGCAGGCAGUGGUCGAUUUGGUGGCACGGUUAAAGGCAGUGCAGACGUUGGUGGGAUGGUGGAUGGUAUCGCACCUAUGGGUGGGAUAGCAGGCAGUGGUGGAUUUGGUGGGGUGGUGAAAGGCAGUGCAGGCGUUGGUGGGAUGGUAGAUGGUAUGGCACCUAUGGGUGGGAUAGCAGGCAGUGGUCGAUUUGGUGGCACGGUUAAAGGCAGUGCAGGCGUUGGUGGGAUGGUGGAUGGUAUUACACCUAUUGGUGGGAUAGGAGGCGGUGGUGGAUUUGGUGGGGUGGUGAAAGGCAGUGCAGACGUUGGUGGGAUGGUGGAUGGCAUUGUACCUAUUGGUGGGAUGGCAGGCAGUAGUCGAUUUGGUGGCACGGUUAAAGGCAGUGCAGGCGUUGGUGGGAUGGUGGAUGGUAUUGUACCUAUUGGUGGGAUGGCAGACAGUGGUCGAUUUGGUGGCACGGUUAAAGGCAGUGCAGGCGUUGGUGGGAUGGUGGAUGGUAUCGCACCUAUGGGUGGGAUAGCAGGCAGUGGUGGAUUUGGUGGGGUGGUGAAAGGCAGUGCAGGCGUUGGUGGGAUGGUGGAUGGUAUUGCACCUAUGGGUGGGAUAGCAGGCAGUGGUCGAUUUGGUGGCACGGUUAAAGGCAGUGCAGGCGUUGGUGGGAUGGUGGAUGGUAUUGCACCUAUUGGUGGGAUAGGAGGCGGUGGUGGCUUUGGUGGGGUGGUGAAAGGCAGUGCAGGCGUUGGUGGGAUGGUGGAUGGCAUUGCACCUAUUGGUGGGGUGACAAAUUGUGGCGGACCUAACGUAUGCCCGUGAAAGAGGAUACACGACCACGUGAAAGUUAAAAUUCGGGCUUUGAACUAUAUUAAUAAGUUUUAACGUAACAAACUGAUUUUAUGUGAUUAUGUUUACUGAUGGGGGGUUUUCUGUUAAUGUAUCUAAUAAAACGUUCUUUUUGAAAAACC